GGGAGAUAUGUCUUGUCUGCCUGGAGGUGCCUGAGGUUGAGGGCGAUUGUGUAUGCUGGCCAUGAACGCCGGUGAAAUCGUGGCGUCACGUGCAGGUCAUCCGAUCGGUUGGCCCCAAGUCAACGUGGACAUUACAUCGUGGCUUGCGGACAUCGGGAUUUGGCUUUCCACGCUUCUCCAUCCCGGAUUACCGCCUUUUCUUGCUUCUUUUUCUUCAAUAUUUCAACCGCCAUUCCAAGCCUCGGCGCCUUCAAUACCCUCUUCGAGAUUUAGCCAUGUCUUCACCGUCAUAUUAUCAAAUCAGCACUUCGGACUCUGAUGACGAAACUGGGGAACUCAAAUUACCCGUCCAGCCCUCUCGGAGACCGUACACUCUGCCCUAUGCAUUGGUAUUCACAACACUAAGCCUGGUCAUCACGAACUGGAUCUGGUACUGGCACCACUUUCACCACUGCAUCGCUCCACGCACACCCUUAACCCCCUUCCCGGAAUCUCUCAUAAUGGCUGAUAGCAUGGGAGUACCCUACCCACUAUCCCCAUCCCCCUCAUCAUCACCAUACCACACUGUCGCCAAACCAUUCAACUGGACAACCCCUUAUUCCGCCUCCAACAAAACUCUCACAAAUACCCUCUGGCGCUCUCUCUUUCCUAUUGGUCAAGGUGUUGUAUAUAUUCCAACUACUUGGGCACUCUCUCAAAACCUUCCUACCAGUAUUCUAAACUCUGCAAACGCUUCGGAGGCUGUGUAUUUUAUUGCUGCGUAUCAUCAACUGCACUGUUUGAGCGUGAUUAGGUCGACCUUGUAUAAAUAUAAAGAAGGGAGAGUUUCAGGAGAGGAAGGGGUGAAGUGGGAUCAUGCGAUUCAUUGUCUGGAUAGCCUACGGCAGAGUGUGAUGUGUACAGCAGAUAGUACUCUGCUGUACACGGAAGAUGGUAUUGUGUUUGGAGACAGACAGGCUAGGACGUGUCGGGAUUGGGAGGGGCUGAGGGAGUGGGUUGUUGCACACCAUGCGUAGGCGGAGAGCUAUGCAUCCAUAGAGAAACAAUCUGGAAAUAAUGCGGCAAGGUUGUAGGGGGUGUUUGGGUGGAUUUGGGAGGUUUCUGGAAGUCGAAAUGCAGAUGGAUGGUAUGAGAAUAGGAAAGAAUAGUUUCAGAGUGUUGCACGAAUGUAUUGAU